AUGUCUCUGCCAGGUAAGACUGUGUCCCCUUCACUACCAAUGUCUCUGCCAGGUAAGACUGUCUCCUUCACUACCAAUGUCUCUGCCAGGUUCUGGCUUGCUGACUGCCACCAGAUCCCAGAGACUGUAGGCCUGGCCACCCAGCUGUACAGAGAGCUCAUCUGUGUUCCUUACAUGGCCAAGUUCGUGGUGUUUGCCAAGAUGAACGACCCUAUGGAGUCCCGCCUGCGCUGCUUCUGUAUGACAGACGACAAGGUGGACAAAACCCUGGAACAGCAGGAGAACUUUGAGGAGGUGGCCAGGAGCAAAGACAUCGAGGUUCUGGAGGGGAGGCCCAUCUAUGUGGACUGCUAUGGUAACUUAGCUCCUCUGACCAAGGCUGGACAGCUACUGGUGCUCAACUUCUACGCAUUCAAAGAGAACCGGCUUCCUUUCUGUGUGAAGGUCCGAGACAACAGCCAGGAGCCGUGUGGCCGUCUGACAUUCCUGAAGGAGACCACUAAGACCGCUAAGGGUCUCCCCCAGACGGCCGUGUGUAACCUGAACAUCACCCUCCCUGCGCUGAAGAAGGAAAUGGAGUCAGACCCAGAUGAAGAGACUGAAAAGCCAGAACGACGUCACACCUUUACGUCUCUAGCCUUACGUAAGCGUUACAGCUAUCUCGCCGAGCCCGCCACGAAGACAGUUGAGCGAAGCACAGGAAGAACACUGCCUGCUGGUUACACUCACAAACCUGUCUUUUCAACAAGAUCUUACCAGGCAUGGUCGGCUGCGCCUCUUCCCAACACUGUCCAAGCAAGGUGUGGACUGGGCUCCCUCUCCGGCUCACCGUCCGACACACCAUCUGCAUCGCCACUAAAGUCUGCCUGGUUGCUCUCCUCCGCAUCGCCAAUCAAAUCCACCCUCGGAGCCUCACCGUCACAUUCAGUCAAGUCCUCUGGCGACAUAGCUUCUUUACCUGUCAGAUCCUAUAGAACUAUGGCCUCCCCUAUUAAGACUGUUGUACAGCAGGCCCAGUACCCGGUCCAGGUCUCUGCCAGUCUGGUGUCCUCUUCCUCUAAACCUGGAGCAGAUCCUGUCUUCAUUAAAGGACUAUCCACCCCAUUUUCUUCCAGGACCACCCCAGCCUCUAAUUUACCCUUCAAAUCAGUCCUGUCGUCUUCAUCCUCCUCCCCUGUCAGAACCAUCGCUGGUCUGUCCUCCUCAUCCUCCUCCCCUGUCAGAACCAUCGCUGGCCUGUCCUCUUCAUCCUCCUCCCCUGUCAGAACCAUCGCUGGCCUGUCCUCCUCAACCUCCUCCCCUGUCAGAACCAUCGCUGGUCUGUCCAUUACUUCAGCUACGUCUAAGGGGAAGCCCCUCCCCUCUCUGUCCUCACCAGCCCACUCCUCAGAAGCCUCUAAGGGGAAGCCCCUCCCCUCUCUGUCCUCACCAGCCCACUCCUCAGAAGCCUCUGCUAUGGUGAAUGGAUUAGUUUCUCCCAUGAAGUACGCCUCUUCUUCUCAGUCCUCCUCCCCGUCUCCCUCCUCCCCCUGCUCCUGUUUGCUCUCUGAUAGGUCUAGCAGUCUGCAGGAGAGGAUACAGACCACCACUCACGCCGCCACUUCCAGUGUCAGUGCAGCUAUAAAUGAGGCUGAAAGGACAUUUAACUCUUCAGGGUACGGAACACUCAAAUCAGUGUCCUCACGUAGAUCUAACACCUCAACUUCAGUCUACGGCUCUACGAGGUCUCAAACCUCUUCCACCACCUCAGCAACAUCCAAUACAAUGACGGUACCUGUAUACUCUUUUCUCAGUGUUGCGAACGAGUCCCAAAUGAAAAAAGGGCCUGGGUCGCUGAAGAUGUCGCCUGCAGACUCUCGCAGGUCAAAGACGGCAGUGAAGUCCCCUCCUUACAUCACCCCUCCAGGGCUCACUCUAACCCCACCCUCCUCCCUAUCCUCCAAUCAGGACAUCCUGAAAGACGUGGCCGAUAUGAAGGAGGACCUGAUCAGGAUGACGGCCAUCUUGCAGACUGACCCCAGAACAGCCAGGAAUGUUCAGUCUCAGACCCCUAAAGAGCCUAAGAUGGAGGAUGAGGAGCCCUUCACCAUAGUAGAGAAAGUGAAGGAGGAUCUAGUUAAAGUCAGUGAGAUACUGACCAAGGAUGUGGUGAGUGAUAGUCAAGCCUGUAGAGGGAAGCCCUCCGAGGAGGAGUGGGAGGAGUUCUCUAAAGAUGAGUUAGAGGAAGCCCAGCAAAGUGCUAAGGAAUUCUUUCACCCUCCGUUUGACGCUAACACACUCUCCUUUAGGCCCCAGUCUAUGCCCAGUAAAGAGUUGAAUUUAGCCAAGGUUGUUGACUACCUGGCCAAUGAGAUAGGUGCUAGUUCUCUUUCUAAGAUGGCCGAGAUGAAGAGCAGAUAUGAGGAGGCAAAAAGGGAAGGGGAGGACAAACAGAAACUAAAAAAACUCAAGAUGCCUCCCCCAGGCAUGCGUACCUCUGCCUCUGAGAAAGACUUAUGUAAACUAGCAGAGUCAUAUUAUGGACCUGACGCCAUAUUGGAGUCACCAGAGGACUUAUCUCAUGAGCUGGAUAAGAGCCCUCUGUCAGACAGCGGCUUUGAAACCAGGAGUGAAAAGACUCCUUCAGCCCCCCAAAGUGCAGAGAGCACCGGGCCCAAACCCCCCUUCACUGACCCCAUCCCCCCCUGCAUCACCGAGACUAGGACCGAGGUGGUCCAUAUCAGGAGCUACGAGCACCCAGACGAACCCUGUGAGGUGCAGAUGGAGGAGGCAGCCUCAGCAUCGCCGGCCUGCAUUGAACCAGAGGCCUCCGCCGCCUCCAUCAAAGACAAAGUCAAAUCAUUCCAGAUCAAAGUGUCUGACGACUCUGACUCUGUCGUUAGCAAGACCAUGAGGCUCAAAGAGGAGACCCACAUCACCACCACGACGCGCAUGGUUUACCACAAGCCGCAGCUGAAAGACGGCUCGGAGAGGAUCGAGGAGACCAUGUCAGUCAGAGACAUCAUGAAAGCAUUCCAGUCCGGAAGGGACCCCUCCAAAGAACUAGCUGGACUGUUUGAGCACAAGGCUGGCCAGGACUCUGUCAAAGGGGAUGAACUCACCCCCAGGUUCAUUGAUAAUGACACUAAAGCCAAAAGAAUAAUGGAGGUUCACAUAGAAAAAGAGGGAAACAGAUUCCAACCAACUGAGGUGAUUAUCAGGGAGACCAAGAAGAUUCCAGACUCUUAUUUCUAUAAAGGAGACAGAAUCCAAGAACUGCCUGAUUACGACGAGGCGCAGCAGGAAGGGGAGGAGCUUACUGCCAAUGACAGCCGGCCCAGCUCCGCUCAGCUCAUGGCCGAUGACUCCUACAAAGCUCUCAAACUGCUCAGCCAGCACUCUGUAGAGUAUCACGAUGACGAACUCUCUGAACUCAGGGGAGAGUCUUACAGGUUCGCUGAGAAGAUGCUCCGUUCUGAGAAGCUAGACAUAUCCCACUCUGAUACAGAGGACUCUAUGGCUGACCAAACACACCAAAUGACCUCAGAGUCGCAUGGGGCAGAGAGCGAUUACGGUGAGAAAGAGGCCCUGCCCAGGAGAGAGUUCACUUUCAAGUCAUCAAAGGAUACAUCCUCUAAGUCAGGUAAAUGUUCUCAUAAGGAUGACAAGUUUGACAAAGUGACAGUGUUGCAUUACACCACAGAGCCAGGCAGCCCAAAACAUGCAGUGUGGAUGCGUUUCACCGAGGACAAGCUGGACAGGAACAGAGAGAAGCUCAUCUACGAGGACCGCGUGGAUCAAACUGUCAAGGAAGCUGAGGAGAAACUAAGCGAGGUCUCUCAGUUUUUCCGUGACAAAACUGAGAAACUGAACGACGAGCUGCAAUCCCCGGAGAAAAAGCCUCCAAAGAGAGACCCCAGGGAGACCAGGUCUGGGCCCAGCUCCACCUGUAAUAGCCCGGAGAAAACACAGCAGAAAGCCAGGCCAGAGGGGGAGGAGUGGGGCAAGGGAAGGGGGAACAAACUGUUCAGUAGUACGACUGAGAGGAAGACCUCUAGUCUACCCAACAGUCCAGAGAGAGCUGUUCUCUCCCGCUUCAGUGAGGAUACAUCCAAACAGCAGACAAAGGCGGAGGAACGGUCUGAGCCAACCGGGGUUAAAGCCUCCUUCUCUAGAGUGAGCUCUGUUAGGAUGAAGUUUGAAUCAGAGGCUCAGAACCAAGAUAACAGUAGUCCUCAGCUAGUACAGUCCACACCCCCAGUCAGCAGGCUGCAGGAGAACAAGCUGCCAGUCAAUCAACUGUUCACUGGAGGAAAGACAACUAAAGGGUCUGAGGCCACAGAGGAAGGAAGUCCUUUUAAAAAGAUUCCAGAGAAACUCAAAGGACCUGCCUCCAAUAGCAGUAAGUCAGUUGUCUCAUCAGCUGCCCCAAAACAGUCAGGAGACAAACUGACUAAUAAGAACCUACCAUACACCACAGCCCAAAAACACCUAACAGGUCAGACUGAUAAAGAAUCAGAGAAAACAAGCCCAUUGAGCCAGGAGAGUCAGGCCACUGGGAUCAGUAAGGGUGUAAAGGGACCACCAUCACAUAGUCCUACACAUGACACACCCAAGGAGAACGGUGGGGAAGUUGAAAAAGAACACGUUUCUAUGAGGGAUUCUCCUUCCAAACAUGUUGCAUCAAGUCCCACAACCAAUAGGGUUGCUCAUUCUGAGCCUGUGUCUAAAGACCAUGGGGAUGCACAAAACAAGAAUCUUAGAAGAAAGACAGAGUCCCAGAUCCCAGUCAGGUCUGUGUCUAGUCACUCAGACAGCGACCAGUCAGAGAAAGCAAAACAAGACACAGUAACUAAGCCAUCUGAAAAGACAUCCCAAAUCCCCAUACUAAAUAAGAACAGAAUGCAGGUCAGCCCAGUAACAAGCCCUACAAAGACAGAAGAACUAACAGACACAUCUCUUGAAAUAUUAGAUAAUGCACCAAAAGAUUCUAACUUGAACAAUGUGCGUGACACUUGCACAAGAGAAAUACAAGAGAGAUUAGCACCAGAGAAAACCACCACCAGAGAAAACUUCAAAGGCAUCAAAACAUUACCUGUCUAUGUGAGUGUCCAGGUGGGUAGGCAGGGAGAGAGAGAGGGCAGAGGAGGAGUACUGUACAAACAGAAACAGCCCUCUUCGCCUCAGGCCAGUCCUGACGAUGACACGCUAGAGCAGGUAUCUUUCAUAGACAGCUCAGGGAAGAGUCCCCUCACCCCGGAGACCCCUAGCUCAGAGGAGAUCAGCUAUGACCUCACCUCCAGAACACCAGACUCCAUCCUGGGCUUCACUCCCUUCCAGCCUAGCCCUAUCCCAGAGGUCUCUGAGGACUCCUCAGAGGAGGAGCAGGGCCAGGUAUUUUCCUUCAAGGACUUCAGACCAGAGACACCUAAUGUCACAGCAGCUGACCUUAAGAAUGGAAACCACCAGGCCGGACAGACACCUAAAGACAAAGGAGUAGCAUACAUCCAGUUCCCCCCUCCGCCUCCCCUGGACUCUGAGCAGUCCAGCCCUGAGAAGAAGAAGAAGACGGGAUCAUGUGGUUCCUCUGAGGCGGAGAUGAUGGAGGUCAACCUCCAGGAAGAGCAUGAUAAACACCUCCUCACGGAGCCCAUCAUCAGAGUCCAGCCCCCCUCCCCGGUCCCCCCCGGGGCUGACGACAGUGACUCUAGUGACGAUGAGUCCGUCUUCCAGCCCAUCUCCUUUAAGAAAUACACCUUUAAGAUCUCAGAGGAGCAGGAGCAGGAGAUCAAGAAUGGGUCCAAAUCCCCAAAACAGGAUAAAAACAGAAACAACAAAGAGCCAGGAACUAACAGAACUAAUGGAACAUGUGAAGCUGGUAAAACAGAGGAGUACGACUCUGAACAGAAUGGAAAUGACCAGUCCAUAACAGACUGUUCUAUCGCCACGACGGCAGAGUUCUCUCAUGACACUGACGCUACUGAGAUCGACUCCCUGGAUGGGUAUGACAUGCAGGAUGAGGAUGAUGGUCUGUGUGAGAUGGACACUAAACCCUUCAGCCUGCCGGACAGCAGGAAGGACGUGUGGACCUCAGACAGCGUGCUCCGGUCCUGCGACCGCUCCUUCAGUCAGACCAAACUAGAGGCCAUUGAAGAGGAAAAAACCCCGGAGGAGGAAUGCAAAAAGGCUCAAGCUAAAAGUGAUCCAGUUGACAUCAAAACAGAUGGGGCCAGCUCUCAGGACCAGAAGGACAACGAUGGCUUUUCUGAUACGUACUUUAGUUACAAGCUAGAGGAGGCGUUUGACUCUCCGUUUAAAACUGUUGCUACUAAAGGGCUGGACUUUGACCCCUGGUCCAGUGUAGGAGGAGACAAUGAAGUGGUUGACGCCAAAGACGACGAGCCGAAGCCGUUUGGGCUGGCAGCAGACGACAGGUCACAGGCCACGACCCCGGACACGACCCCUGCCAGAACCCCGACCGAUGAUAGCACCACGCCGACUAGCGAGCCAAACCCAUUCCCCUUCCAUGAAGGGAAGAUGUUUGAGAUGACUCGCAGUGGUGCGAUUGACAUGAGCAAGCGGGAUAUUGUUGAAGAAAGACUGCAGUUUUUUCAGAUUGGCCCUCAGAGCCCCUGUGAGAGGACUGACCUGCGGAUGGCCAUAGUGGCAGAUCACCUGGGUCUGAGCUGGACUGAGCUUGCCAGGGAAAUGGAUUUCUCUGUAGAUGAGAUCAAUCACAUCCGCGUGGAUAACCCCAACUCUCUGACCGCUCAGAGUUUCAUGCUUUUAAAGAAAUGGGUUAGCAGAGAUGGUAAAAAUGCCACAACGGAUUCCCUUACAGAGGUCCUGACUAAGAUCAAUCGGAUGGAUAUUGUGACAUUGCUGGAAGGGCCAAUAUUUGACUAUGGUAACAUUUCAGGCACAAGAUGUUUUGCUGAUGAUAACGCAGUUUUCCUGGAUCAGUGUGAUGGUUCCAGCAGCAUCCAGCUAGAGCUUCAGACCCCCACAGGUUUGAUCUCUCAGCCCCCCACCCCGCUAAGCAGCGACCCUUUCUUUGAUGAGGACGCUGGCCUAGACUCCCCCUCUAGAACGCCCACUAGACCAUGUGACUUGUCACUCACCCAGACCACCAGGACCCCAGGCCCCGCCCCCCAUGCUCAACCCCCCACAAUGGUGGUAGAGGAAGACACCUCUGGACCUCUAGACUCCCGGGGCGCCGGGGAGGGCACCGGGGAAGGAGGGGGCCCUAAAGUGACCUCCACUGAAGAUGACACAGGGGUUAGCAGAGAGUCAGUGGCCUCAUACAAGCCCCAUGACAGGGAGGCAGGGGUGAGAGAGGAGGCUGAGCAGGAUGUUGACAUGGGGAUGCUGAUACAUCAGAUUGAUCUUCCUCAGGGGGUGGUCAGGGAGGAUGAGUGGCUGGCUGGAGCCAGAGGAGACCCAUCAGAGGCCCUGGGCUUUAGGCCUGCCCUGUGGGGAGAGGGUGGUGUGUCUGGUUCUCCAGGGGAAGAGAAAGAGGAGGGGGAGAUGACUGAGGAGAAGUUAAAGUCUCUGUUGGAGGAGAUGGCGCUGGAGGAAGGCUCGGAGGACGAGGAGAUGACGGAGGACAGGAUAAACGCCAUCUUGUCUCGAGUGCAGCAGGCAGACAAAGAUGUGAUGUCAUCACCUGCAGGUUGGCAUAGUGAGACGUCCAGCGUGAAGGUGGAGCCCCCGACACCUGGCCGCAGUCUGAGUGCUGAGGGCAACGACUUCCAGGACACCAGCCCUGUGAAUUCCCUGGACUCCCUGACAACAUCACCUGUCCGACCAGCAGAGAAAUCCAAUGGAGACCACGCUGACUUCCUGUCCCAGCCCGGGUCAUUUCCUGAGUCCCAGGGUUCGUCCAACGGGGUGAAGGGUCAGAGCCAGGUCGAGGACGAGGGAAGGGCGUCAGCGUCACAAGGAGGGCAGGGGGAGGGAAGCAGAAGGACUCUGGGAGAGGACAGCACAGCAGGACCAAGCAGCAAGGAGCAGCAGCAGGAGGAGGGAGGAGUUCAGGGGUCACAGCACAAAGUCCAGGAGGGUGGUAGAGAUAAGGAGACCAGCUCUGAUGAGGAACGGACUGUCACCACCAAGGUGUACCGCCGGAGGGUCAUUCUGAAGGGAGAACAGGCCAGAAACAUCCCUAUGCAGUCAGUGACAGAAGAGCAGUUCACAGACGAGGAUGGAAACAUUGUCACCCGAAAAUCUGGAGAAGGGUCAGGGUCGAAGGUGAAAAAGAAGCAAGUGGAAAAGGAUCAUUGAUAACAGUCGUGUGCUCAACCUGGUUUGUUGAUGUUUCAUGACUUCCUGGAAGGGAGAUGACUGGAACCUUGAAGCAGGAGAACAGCCAAUCAGAACGUGUGUCUGCAGCUUUCACGUUAACGCAUGGUUUUACAGCAAGACCACUUUAUUUGAUUUCGCAUGAGCAUGAAAAACUUACUUUUCUGUCCACAACCUGGGCUCCAGUCAUGACCUGUUGUUACCACGGUGACAGGAGAACAGGGGUGUGGUCUGCUCCAUCAUGGCAUCAGGACAACAGUAGCCACGCCUCCAAGCAUCUCUCGGACCAAUGAGGCACAACAGGACGUUUGAUUGACAGAUUAGAGGAACACUUGGAGUCACCCUCUACAAGCCUUAUAUUUUCUGUCCUGUAGCCACACCACUGGGGUGGGUGUAUGAUGUGGUUGUGAUUUUUAAUGACAACGGGUGGUUUGGUUGUAUAUAAAUGACACUGUAAAAACUUCUGAAGUUUAGUCACUGAUAGAAUGUUUUCUGCACUGGUAGGACAGCUUCGCAAAGCAUUGGAAUAUUGAUUCCACCUUUAUUAAAACGCUUGGGUGUUACUGCACAUGUCUAAUUAUCAGCGGGAAAUGUUUGUAAAAUCAAAAUGGUAGCUUGAUUUUAACCUAACUCCACUGCAACUCAAACAUCACUUCUGUGAACAUAUUUCCUCAGAGUACUAAUAUUUUGAUGCAUGAGAUUCACCUGGUUUGACUUAGUUUUCCUCAUUCGCGAACAUUGUAUUAUGAAAUAAGGUGUUACUUCUAUCAGUGUCUGUCUGCUCAGAAACAUGAACAGCCACCUGGGAGACAGCAGGACAGAGAGGGGAACUUCAUUCUGAUGCUUUAUGAGGGCCCACUGUGUAGCAUGGAAUAAUACUAUUAAAGACAAGGAGAUAUGAGAGCUCCCAAUAUAUAAUGUAGACUGGCACAUUGGAAAGGGUUAGAGAGCUCCCAAUAUAUAAUGUAGACUGGCACAUUGGAAAGGGUUAACAGUUGUCAUGUGUAUUGGCUCUAAACCAAUCAUUGGUCAUUGUUUCAGCAGUAUAAUGUUAGGUUUUAAGCCUGCUGUGGUUUAAAGGGGCAUUUUUUCUCUGGGUUUUGUUGCCAUAUUUCCUUCUGUUGUAUCUAUUCAUAUGAGACCACCUAAAGCAUUGACUGGUGAUCUGGUAACACAUGUAUGACAACCAACAUGGAUGAUCCAAUUCAUUAUUUAAGCAGAAAUAAAUUGUGAUUAAACUGAAA